AUGACCAGGAUCAAGCACCUCCGGCUUCACAGCCUUGUGGAGAGACGGACAAUGCACAGACAAGGCCCACGCAGCGAGAUCGAUGCGGUGACUGGGGGCGGUCACAAGCUAAACCCCAGCAGCAGCUGCACAUGGGGCCAGGCCCUGGCCCAGAGCCAGGAACCAGAGUUGAGCCCCUCCAUAGCCACUGGAAGGCCGUGUGGCCUGGCAGGCCCUGGGUCUGCCUCUGCCGCUUGGGGCGGGCGGGGGUCAGCGGGGCUCUUGUCACAGACGUCGCUGUGGUCCGCAGCACCCACCCCGGAGGGCGCCAAGACCUGGGCCCUGGGAGCAGAGUCCCCACGCUUCCUAGACAGACCUGACUUCUUUGAUUACCCGGACUCCGACCCAGCCAGGCGCCUGGCCGUGGCCGGGUUUAUCGGCGAGAAACCCGCCAUCUUUGUGAAGCCAGGUUCCAACCCCAAGCUCUUCCAUCACAUCCUGGUGGGCAUCCUGGUGGCGGCAUUCUUCUUCGUCCUCUUCCAGUUCUGCACACACAUGUAAGGCUGCCC